GCAACGACUUAUUUCCAGCAGAGACCAACGAGAUUUUCACCUUAAACAUCUGUCAGAAUGCAGGUGCCCAACAGACCGACGUAUGGAUACUCCGUGCGUAAUUACGCACCGGCGGCACCGCUGCACCAGCAGUUCCAGGGAGGCCAGUGCGCGUCCACAACGAAGCCCCCCAGCGGGAAAUCUUUCACGAUCGAGGCUUUGCUCGCCAAACCGGAAGACACAACCAGCGACAGGACGACUGGCGGAGUGAAAUACCAACCAGCGGCUCCGGUUCUGCCGCUCACCGGACACGCAGGGUUACCGAUGGCACCGUACGUCUACUCUCCGAACAUGCUGCACUCCGGGAUUCACACGCAGCCUGGAUAUUCUGUCUACUGCUGCCCGCCUUUCACCUACCAGGCAUCGUGCCGCGGCGCAUUUUACGCACAAGCUUCCAUGUCCAAAGUCAACGCAGGGCUGCAUUCCUUCAAAACCAAAGGAGGGAAGUCGAAACGGAUGCGCACCAGCUUCACCAGCGAGCAGCUGUCCCGCCUGGAGAAGGAGUUCGCUCGGCAGCAGUACAUGGUGGGAUCGGAGCGGUUCCUGCUGGCCUCCGCUCUGCAGCUCACAGAGGCUCAGGUCAAAGUCUGGUUCCAAAACCGCCGCAUCAAGUGGCGCAAACAGAGUCUGGAGCAGCAGCAGGCCAAACUGGCCAAACUGGGUCUGGCUGCUCCUCCAAAGAGUCCCGGAUCUCAAGGCCACGGAGAUGAAGGCGACGAGGAUGAGGAGUUCUCCGACUCAGACGUGGACAUCGACGUGUCCGAUGACUCCACUGACCACUGCUAACCAAACACACCUGGACUUCCGGUUAAAACAAAGACUGUUGUACAUAAAGCUGAGAAAGGAGGCUCCAGUCUCCUACUAUGAAUAUUUAAUAGAUCUAUAGCUAUAUAUUUAAUUUUCUACAUUCAUUGCUCUUUGAUGGGUUCACGUCAUGUGUUGCUUUUGUACAUUUGAAUGAAUUAUUCAGAAAUAUAUUUUAUGACAAUAA